CUCUCUCUCUCUCUCUCUCUCAAUCUUGCUUAUAGUUUUUCUUGGCUCUCUUUUAGCCAACAAUGGAGAUAGGUAGUAUAGUAGAGUACUUGGAGGAGAAGAGCAUCCUUGUCACUGGCUCCACUGGUUUUCUAGCAAAAAUUUUUGUGGAGAAGGUUUUGAGAGUUCAGCCCAAUGUGAAGAAACUCUUCCUCCUCGUGAGGGCUAGUGACGCAAAGUUAGCCACAGAGCGCUUUCAAAAUGAGGUGAUUACAAAGGAGUUGUUUGAUGUUCUUAAAAAGAAACAUGGAAAUGACUUUGAUUCAUUUAUAUCCAAGAAAGUCCAUCCUAUUAAAGGAGAUAUUAUUCAUGAAAAUUUAGGGAUUGAGGAUUAUAAUCUCAGAGAAAUGUUAUGGAAGGAGAUUGAUAUUGUUGUCAAUGUGGCUGCAACUACCAAUUUUUAUGAAAGAUAUGAUGUGGCUUUGAAUAUCAAUGUCUUGGGAGCCAAACAUGCAUUGGAGUUUGCAAAGCAAUGCACAAAAUUAAAGAUGCUUCUCCAUGUAUCAACAGCUUAUGUAGCUGGUGUGAAGGAAGGUGUAAUAUCAGAGAAGCCAUUUUGCUUUGGUGAAGCACUGAAUAAGGAUUUGUAUUUAGACAUUCAAGGAGAGCUAAAGCUAGUUGAAGAAAGAAAAAAGAAACUCCAUGAGAAGAAUUCAACAAAAGAUGUUGAAAAAGUAGCUAUGAAGGAUUUGGGCAUUGAGAGGUUUGAAAUUCCUUUAAAUUGCAGAACAAUUGACAGUGUAAUACUUGGAUAUGUAAAGGGGGAGAUUUCAUGCUUUUUAGGAGAUCCAGAAGUAAUUCUAGAUUUGAUUCCAGGAGACAUGGUGGUGAAUGCAAUGAUUUCAGCAAUCACUGCACAUUCAAAUCAACAUUCAGAAUUCAUAUAUCAUGUAAGUUCAUCAGUGAGAAAUUUGGUAAAAUAUUCCACUGUUGAACAAUGUGCUUAUCAAUACAUGAAGAAGAAUACUCAAACUGGUGGUGAUGGCAAGACAAUUAAGACAGUUAGAUUUCAAUUUAUGAGAACAAUGUCAAUUUUUCAUAGAUACAUGUUUCUUCACUAUCGCCUGCCUCUUGAGGGCUUGCGCUUGAUAAAUCUAGCCCUUUUUGGAUUAUUUUCUCAACAAUUCAACAAGAUAUGGAAGAAAUAUAAGCUUGUGUUCCGCCUAGCUGAUAUUUAUGCGCCAUAUGCAUUCUAUAAAGGAAGCUUUGAUGAUUCCAACUUAGAAAGGCUGAGAAAGGCAAUGAUGAAUAGUGAUGAAGAGAAGUUGUUUGAUUUUGAUCCUAAGCACAUUGAAUGGGAUGAUUACUUAAUCAACAUUCACAUUCCCGGUGUCCUCAAGCAUUUACACAAGUAGAUUAUUAAACAUUCAUGUUUCAUUUGUAUGUCAAGCAUUAAAUUAUGCUUUUUAAUUAAGCCAUUAUUUGUAAUCUAAUUUGUUGAUUGUGAACACAUUUAUUUAUUAGAUUUCAUAUUAAAUCAAAGUUAUG